AGAGAGAGAGAGAGACGUGGAUUGGUAUAUUUAAGCUGUGGAUGAUACCAAAUCGAACGCGAACGCGUUUGGAGCUGGAGAGAGGGAGAUUAAAAUAAUUAGUGAGAUAAUUUGAAGGAGAGGAAGUGCAAUGGCGGACUCCAGCGAAUCCGUCUCCAUUGAUAUGGAGUCCAUACCAUUCGCCGGAAAGGAGCAUAUUAUCAAAACGGGUUAUGGUUCUGUCUCUGUUGCUGUAUUUGGAGACCAGGACAAGCCAGCUCUUAUUACUUAUCCUGAUUUGGCUUUAAACUAUAUGUCCUGUUUCCAAGGGUUGUUCUUUUGUCCAGAAGCAUUUUCUCUCCUUCUCCAUAACUUCUGUAUUUACCACAUCAGUCCUCCAGGUCAUGAGUUAGGAGCUGCUGUAGCUGGCCCUGAUGAACCCUUACUGACUGUUGAUGAAUUGGCUGAUCAGAUUGCUGAAAUCCUCGACUAUUUUGGGCUUGGUUCGGUUAUGUGCCUGGGUGUAACAACUGGAGCUUACAUUCUUACCCUUUUUGCUCUGAAACACUCACGACGUGUCAUGGGUCUUAUUCUUGUUUCCCCUCUGUGCAAAUCACCAUCUUGGACAGAGUGGUUAUGUAACAAGGUGAUGUCCACUUUGCUUUACAUUUGUGGCAUGUGUGGCAUAGUAAAGGAGCUGUUGCUCAUGCGAUACUUCAGCAAGGAAGUCCGUGGUGGUGUUGAUGUACCCGAGUCAGAUAUUGUCCAGUCUUGCAGAAGAUUGUUGGGCGAGAGACAGAGUCCUAACGUGCUGCGCUUCCUUGAAGCUAUUAACGAGAGGCCAGACCUCAGCAAUAGCUUGAGGAAAUUGAAGUGUCGAUCCUUAAUUUUUGUUGGCGAAAACUCUCCUUUCCACGACGAAGCUCUUCACAUGACUUCAAAGCUAGACAGAAGAUUCAGUGCCUUGGUUGAGGUUCAAGCAUGUGGCUCGAUGGUCACAGAAGAGCAACCCGAUGCCAUGCUGAUCCCACUGGAAUACUUUCUCAUGGGCUAUGGCCUCUUUAGACCCUCCCACUUGAGCGUAAGCCCAAGAAGUCCGUUGAGCCCGACCAGCAUUUCACCUGAGCUUUUCUCACCCGAGAGCAUGGGGCUGAAGUUGAAGCCAAUAAAGACAAGAAUCCCGGGACAAGUGUGAAGAGGAUGAAUGCGCAGAAUGGCCAAAAUUUUUGUGUACUACGGAGCUAGAGCAUGCUCGAAAGAAGAACCGUAGCAGGGGAGGAAGCCAUAGGAGGCGCUUUGUAGAUAGAAAGAAUGUCAGCAGAGAGAUAGGUAAAGGGAAAGAAUAUAUGUACACGAGAGAAAGGGGUAAAUUAUUUUCUUUUAAUUUUUUGGUUUUUUCUCCCACUUGUAAGUCUAGAGAAGAAUUUAGUGAGAGCUGUUUCUAUUUCCAAUAAUAAAUUAUAUUUACGCAGGGAAUAUAAAAUAAAAGGAGGGCGUUGUAUUUCA